UAAAAAAGCCUCCUGCAUCUUUUAGUGUGUAGGGCAGGGAUCUGGGAGACAUAACUGCCUUAUAUCAACUGACUUGUCUGCCGAUUGAGUGCUGCAGCCCUUGGACAGGAACCUUGCAAUUCUGUGUUUGUUUCUUUGCACUUGAGAACAUUUGCUUAUUGGGUUUGACUGGUCAAUAUUCAGGAUGAUAGCUGCCCAGCUCCUGGCCUAUUACUUCACCGAAUUGAAAGAUGAUCAGGUCAAAAAGAUUGAUAAGUACCUGUAUGCCAUGCGGCUGUCAGAUGAAACGUUACUGCAUAUUAUGUCUCGCUUCGGAAUAGAGAUGGAAAAUGGCCUUUCAAGGGACUCAAAUCCAACAGCAAUUAUCAAGAUGUUGCCAACCUUCGUAAGGUCAAUUCCUGAUGGAACAGAAAAGGGAGAUUUCAUUGCGCUGGAUCUUGGUGGAUCUCAUUUUCGAAUUCUGAGGGUAAAGGUUUCUCAUGAGAAGAAGCAGACAGUUCAGAUGGAGAGUGAGAUUUACGACACCCCCGAGGACAUUAUACAUGGAAGUGGAACUAGGCUUUUCGAUCAUGUUGCCGAAUGCCUGGGAGAUUUCAUGGAAAAGAAACAGAUCAAAGAUAAAAAGCUUCCUGUCGGAUUCACCUUCUCUUUCCCAUGCUUACAAUCCAAACUAGAUGAGGGUGUUUUGCUUACAUGGACCAAACGUUUCAAAGCUAGUGGUGUGGAAGGAAUGGAUGUGGUGAAACUGCUAAACAAAGCCAUCAAAAAAAGAGGAGAUUAUGAAGCAGAUAUCAUGGCUGUUGUGAAUGACACAGUUGGGACUAUGAUGACUUGUGGGUUUGAUGACCAGCGGUGUGAAGUUGGCAUUAUCAUAGGUACCGGGACAAAUGCCUGCUACAUGGAAGAGCUGAGACACAUCGAUCUAGUGGAAGGUGAUGAGGGGAGAAUGUGCAUUAACACGGAGUGGGGAGCUUUUGGCGAUGAUGGGUCCUUGGAGGAUAUUAGAACAGAGUUUGACAGAGAGAUUGACAGGGGUUCAAUAAAUCCUGGAAAACAGCUGUUUGAAAAAAUGGUGAGUGGCAUGUACAUGGGCGAACUUGUCAGACUUAUUCUAGUAAAAAUGGCCAAAGAGGGACUUCUGUUUGAAGGGAGAAUCACUCCAGAACUCCUUACUAGAGGGAAAUUUGAGACCAAGCACUUGUCUGCCAUUGAAAAAAAUAAAGAAGGUUUAAGCAAAGCCAAAGAAAUAUUGACCCGAUUGGGGGUGGAACCCUCCCAUGAAGACUGCAUUGCUGUACAACACGUGUGUACUAUUGUCUCUUUCCGAUCUGCUAAUCUGAUCGCAUCUACAUUGGGAGGAAUCCUUAACCGUCUUCGAGAUAAUAAAGGGGUACCCAGGUUACGAACCACUGUGGGCAUUGAUGGAUCCCUAUACAAGAUGCAUCCACAAUAUGCCAGGCGCUUACAUAAAGCUGUGAGGCGUUUGGUUCCCGAAUCGGAUGUGCGCUUUCUGUUGUCUGAGAGUGGCAGCGCUAAGGGAGCCGCCAUGGUGACUGCUGUAGCUUACAGGCUGUCCGAACAGCGCAGACAGAUGGAUGAGACAUUAGAAGAGUUCAAUCUCACUCGCGAACAAUUGCUGGAGGUGAAGAGAAGGAUGAAAAUUGAAAUUGAGAAUGGACUAAGGAAGAAGACACAUGAAAGUGCAAAAGUUAAAAUGUUGCCAACUUUUGUUCGGAGCACCCCAGAUGGCUCAGAAAAUGGAGACUUCCUGGCUCUUGACCUGGGAGGAACAAACUUUAGAGUUUUGCUUGUCAAGAUUCGGAGCGGCAAAAGGAGAACCGUAGAAAUGCAUAAUAAAAUCUAUGCCAUCCCUACAGAUGUCAUGCAAGGAACCGGAGAAGAGCUUUUUGAUCACAUUGUUCACUGCAUAUCCGAUUUCUUGGACUACAUGGGAAUUAAGGGAGCUAAGCUUCCCUUGGGAUUCACUUUCUCGUUUCCGUGCAAGCAGACAAGUCUGGAUGCUGGUAUCCUACUAACCUGGACCAAAGGAUUCAAGGCUACAGACUGUGAGGGAGAAGAUGUGGUAUCUCUUCUAAGGGAAGGAAUUAAAAGGAGAGAGGAAUUUGACCUGGAUGUAGUCGCCAUAGUGAAUGACACAGUUGGCACAAUGAUGACCUGUGCAUAUGAAGAUCCAAACUGUGAAAUUGGUCUCAUAGUUGGAACUGGCAGCAAUGCAUGUUAUAUGGAGGAAGUCAAGAACAUAGAAAUGGUGGAUGGAGAAGAGGGGAGAAUGUGUGUCAAUAUGGAAUGGGGGGCCUUCGGUGACAAUGGAUGUCUGGAUGAUAUUCGCACCGUUUAUGACAAGUCUGUCGAUGAAUUGUCAUUAAAUUCAGGAAAACAGAGGUAUGAGAAAAUGAUCAGUGGAAUGUAUUUAGGAGAAAUUGUACGCAACAUUUUAACCGACUUCACAAAAAGAGGAUUUUUGUUCAGAGGUCAAAUUUCAGAGGCACUGAAAACCACAAGCAUUUUCGAAACGAAAUUCCUGUCACAAAUUGAGAGUGACAGGCUAGCUCUGCUCCAGGUACGAUCAAUCCUUCAGCAGCUGGGUUUGAACAGCACCUGUGACGACAGUAUAAUUGUAAAGGAGGUGUGUGGUGUUGUGUCAAAGAGAGCGGCACAGUUGUGUGGUGCGGGAAUGGCAGCUGUCGUGGAUAAAAUACGAGAGAACAGAGGACUAGAUCACUUAGACGUCACAGUUGGUGUCGAUGGAACACUGUAUAAAUUACAUCCACACUUUUCUAGAAUCAUGCACCAGACAGUUGCCGAUCUUGCCCCAAAAUGCAAUGUCUCCUUCCUUCUAUCUGAAGACGGCAGCGGCAAAGGAGCGGCCCUGAUCACGGCGGUGGGCUGCCGACUUCGUGAAGCCGAACAAAACUAAUUCCCGAGCAUCGUGAUGUGUGUUUUCCUGCCUUUUUUUCAGCACUUUCAUUUCAAGCAGUAACUGUAAAAAGGCUGAUGCCUUUCACUGAUCAUAGGAAAGUAAAGGGGAAGCCGAGCAGACACACAGGAAGUGCGUCCGCUUCAGCAACCUCUGUUACAGAACUCUCGUCUGCAUCACUCUCCAUCUAACAACUUCUUAGGCCAUUAAUAUGUAAUUUAUUCUUUUUGUUUUAUACUUUAUUUAUCGGUUUGUGAGAUCCCUAAAGCGGUCAUGUUUCAUUUCAUAAAAUGUGUGGUUAUUGGGUUGGUCGCAUGGUCUGUUUUCAGCUGUUGCAGAUUAAAAGUGAGAAUAAAAGUUCAAUAUAUUUAAUUCAAAAUGUAUCAAGUAAUAUAGGAUAAGGAUAAAAUACACUUAGAUUUCAAAUUUUUAUAUUUUUCCUGACAUAUAGAAUAUUCUUUCUUGUCCUGCACCCUGAAGUGUGAAGUCUCUGUCUUUACUAUCAGUUGAGUAACACAGAAGCAGGGGUUGAUUUUCGCGAAAUGAGUGAAACCACUUUAGAGCCGGGGUGGCCAGUAUCUACAUACAACUACAGCUCCCAUAAUGCUUUGCAGUUCUUACAGCAGGUAUGGGGAUUGUAGUUUUGCAACAACCAAGGCCACUUGUGCUUCAGAGUGUAUUUUGCAAGAAUUUAAUUGACAAGUUACACGAUAAUAAUAAUUUUUUUUUUUUUUUUUUUUUUUUAAACACAAGACGAUAUAAGAUUCCUAAAAUGUCCAAAACGGGACAGCCCACCUUUACAGAACAGGAAGUAUGUGGUGAUUCCGGUGUCAAUAGCUACGUUGUUAAUCGUACUUAAAGCCCAUUCUUUGUUUUGUUUCUGUCAAAACAAAAACAAAAAAGUCAUCCAAAAUAGUCUUGCAAAACGUUUCUGUUGAUCUCCGGUAUAUUGCAGGACCUGAGAAAACCAAGGCUCAAACACUUUUAUAUGAAUAUUAUGUUGCACUGUGUUUGGAUGUGUUGAGAUAGGUGUGAAUUUCAGUUUUUAAAUGUCUGUGUUACAAAAUGAUUGCCUAACAUAUUGUUAAAGUCAGAACGAAGCCUAUUUACCACACUAGAGUCACUGUUAUUUAUCAACUGAAUAAACUUUUGCAAUGUG